AUGGUUGAAGUCGAUAGUUAUGUAACAGAUUGCUCGGAACCAGAAAAUAUUGCACCCAAGAAAGCCAAACUAGGAAAACAUCGCUUGACGAAAUAUUAUAAAAAUUGGCAGAAUGAUUAUAAUUGGUUGUGUAUUGUGACGUCGGAUAAGUAUAAAACUUACUGUAAACUGUGUAAAAAGACUACUAUUUCUCGUGGUGGGUUAAAUGAUGUAGUGAAGCAUUUGAGAACAAGUAGUCACUCUAAAAUCACGAGUUCUCGUGCUGCAAGAAACAUAACUAUCUAUUUCCAGGCACCAGGUACUUCCACAUCUGAACGUAAUCUCAAUAUUAUGUACAAAACGUCAGCAGCAGAAAUUACUUCUAUAUAUCACACCGUUCAACAUUCGUUAAGCUACAAUAGUAUGGAAUGUUUUCAAAAGUUAUUGCCUUUCAUUAUCUGUAAAGAACAUUAUGACCUGAUAUGUGCUAACGUAUCCGAGUCACGAUUUUACAAUACGCUAACUAAGGAAAAAAGAGAAACCUGGAAAUGCACUUUGUGUGUGAGUAAACAACCUCGAACGGAUAAUACAAACACUCCUGUAAGAUCGGCCGAGGAUAAAAUCACUACAAAGAGGGGUGCUGCGACGACUAGCCCUCAUUCACAGCUGGAUAUUUCGAUGAUGGAUAUAAAUUGUGAAAAUAAUACACCUGACAAUUCUCGUGAAACCGGUUUGAGUGGCUCGAAUCUUGAUGUAUUAAUAUAUGAAUUACGUUUGUUUCGGGAAGAAUUGUCCACUACUAGACGGAAGAUAGGCGAACUUAAUGUUUCUUUGUCGAAUUUGGUCUCCAGAAUAGAUGCAUGUGAAACCACAAUAGAUAAGCUUAAUGCUCGUGUUGAGAAGUUGGAACAACAACAAAAGGGUGAAAAUUUGACCAACAUCGCUAUUACUCUAGCAAAAAAAUUGGGAGUCAACAUCGGUGAGCAGGAAGUCGUGUGCGCAAUGAGAGUGGGCCGUCCACCCGGGCAAGUGGAUGCAUCGUCAUCGUCAGUGAGACCACGGACCGUUGUAAUUCGCUUGGCAAGGCGCGCUGUGCGUGAUGAGAUGUUACAAGCAGCACGAGUGCGUCGCGGAGUCACCACCGAGGGUACGGGGUUGCCGGGUACACCGCGACGAUUUUAUGUUAAUGAGCGAUUAACUCGAGUUAAUAGGUCAAUCUAUCGACGUGCUCGUGACAUCGCAGGGCGCCUGAAUUGGCGUUUCGUUUGGUCGAGAGAUGGGAGGGUGUUUGUCCGACAGCAUCAGGGCGAUCAUGCCCCACGCCACCGUUUACGCUCGGAAGCCGAUUUGGUUCGUGUUUUUGGACCAAAUGCCGUUCAUGCUGUUGAUAAGUAG